CAGUACUGGGUUUUUAAAGACACUCAGGCCAUGGGUGGGUAUCCCCGGCCCAUCUCUGACUGGGGUAUGAGGACAAAAGCCGGGGCGCCGGUGGGAAAGGUGGAUGCAGCCUUCAUCUGGGCCCAUAAUGGCAAAACCUACCUGUUUGGUGAAGGGGAGUUUUGGAGGUUCGAUGAGGGCCGCAAGGAUGAGCAGGUGCCCAAGCAGCCAGAGUCAGGCUACCCACGGGACAACAGCCUCUGGGGAGGAAUGCCCACCCAUAUGGAUGACGUCAUUAGCUCGAGAGAAGAAGCAGAGUUUGUGCCAGGUGCAGAGAAGGAGCAGACCAUGGUAGAUCACAGAAACCACCGUAGUAAAACUGCAGGAGGACGUCGGAGUAUCCAGAGAGCACCAACGAUGACCUGGGGGGGCCUGAACUCCAGACAGGCCUCAGCUGAGAGUUGAACCAGGAACCUUCUGACCGAGGCAACGUCCUGCACUCGUAAAUAUACGCGAAGAAUAUGUUUAUAAUGAAGAAAAAUGUGUGGUCAUAAGCACGCUGAUGUCGGG